AUUAAGCACGCUAUCAUUUAUAGUUUAUUGUUAGGUUGACUAAUUAUUUGAAUACCCCUGUUUGCCGUGGAGCACGCGGGUCGCCACUAUCAGUUACCACUUGCCCUUUAUUUUAGAAACUUCAACUGUAAUAACCCGUCUACCCAGGUGUUAAAUAACGAGCGCGGCCAAUGUGAGGAUUGAUUUGUUUUUACGUGCACCAAUGCACUUAAACUUGCACUGGGAACUAUCUUUGCCGUUUUGUUUUUUUCUUCUAAUUUUAUAUUUAACAGGAGCAAGCUAGCACUUUAAGAAUACACGCAUUUGUUCCCUUUCAUUGUAGCUAAGAAAGCACCGCUGUCUGUCUUCAUAUGCCGCUGACCUUGCCUAUUAUAGCAGGUAGCUAACGUUAGCUCAGCGCUAAGCUAACUGUGCCUCUCACACUUUACCAAAGUCUCUAUAACGUCACUCAGUUCUUGUGUUUCUUCUUAUUUUCCUUGUAUUUGUUGCGUUCGUAAUGGAAGACGAAGCGUUUACUGACAUUAAUGGCAAAGCUAUAUUUCUGGACUGCCAGAGUCACUCCAGUUUUUGCAGGGAGUUCACUGUCAGCUCCCCCAAAGUGUCCAUCGGCAAGGUGAUGGUGUACACCUGCUCUGUUUGGCUGUUAGCAUACGCCGUGUUCUUCUUCACACAGAACACUGCAGUUCUAUCCAGUGCUAUCCUCAUCACCCUGGUCGGCAUGAUGCUUCACAUCCACUUUGUGAAGGUGGACCACGAGUCCCUGCUCGUCAUUGGCUCCUUAGGGAUUCAAGUGUCCUCCAGCUAUGCCUCAGGCCGCGAGACCACCACUUUCAUCGAGAUGAGCAAGAUCAAGGAUAUUGUCAUCAAUGAAGCAAUCUACAUGCAUCAGAUUAUCUACUACCUUUGCGUACUGUUGAAGGACCCCUCAGAACCAAAUGCAGUGUCAAGCGUUGUGCCGUUGUUUCAGAGUUCAAAGCCGAGGCUGAACUGCUUGGUGAAAGUUUACAGAAGCUGUCAGGAGAUUCUUUCAAAGUGCUGAUGAAACAUGAGUCAUACAUUAGCAAUGUCUGUGGUCAUGCAGCAAGCUUUUAAUAUUUCUUUGUUUAAGUCAUUUUGUUUUUUAAAAAUUCAUUUUGGCACACCUUAAUUUGAUUUGAUGUACAUGUGUAAUUUGAUGAAUUAUUUCCCUCCUGUGUCAUAAUUACCUCAUGCUAUAUUUCUGUUGUGUAGUUACUUGAAAAACCUAUGAAAGAUAGCACUGGUCUUCGACUACUUGUUUGAAACUAAGGAGCCAAACUUUUUAACUGAUACAGUAUUAAAAGAAAAUAUAUUUAACAAUUUUGCUUUUUUACUUAUUUAUACAUUUAAUAUUUGAAUGUAAUAAUAAAUGUAGUAAUUGUGACAUUUUCUAGACUUUAUAAACAUUCUCAUACUGUAUUUUUAUGAUCAAAAUAAAUUUGAUUGACAGGACAAUUUGUGAUCAGCGCUAGAUAGUGAGUGCUUUUGGUCUCAGUUUUUGAGGAGCCUUACUUUCAUUCCCCAGAAGGGGGCAGUACCACACUUACUCAUGCUCAUAUACUUGAAUAAUCAGACUGAAGAACACUGAAUCAUAUUUAUUAUCCAAAUUAAAUACAUGUACCAGUUCUGAUGAAAGCACCUCAGAUGUACAGUCACUUUGUCCUGGUUUUUGUUUUUGUUUGAAUGUACACAGGAAGCUUUAAAGAGGAGUUAUUAAAUGAGAUGUAAAUGUG